AUGUUAAUAUUUUAUAUUAUAUUAUUGAUUAUUUGUAUUCAUGCUAAAGCUUAUGAUUGUAUUCCAUUAGGAGAUAAAUUUGAAGAUGGAUUUAAUGAUAACUUUUUUACACUAUGCAAAACAACUAAUAAUGAAUGUUCAUAUUAUUUUAAGAGUAACUUCACUUAUUCUUUAAAUAAACCUAUGGAAUGUAAAAGUACAUAUUUUAAUGGUAAUUUUAUAAUGACAAGUUCAAAGGAUUAUUGGAAUGCAAAGACUUUUUAUAUUCAAAAACAUUCUCAAAUUACAUUAAAUGGUAAAUUUCAUACAAGAGAAGAAUUUAACAUUGGAAAAAAUUCUAAAAUAAUUUGGAAUGGUGCAGUUUCAUUUGAACGACUAAUUAAAUUUGAAACAACUCCAUCAUUAAAUCAACCUCAAUUAAUUAUUUGGAAUAGUAAUAGGAUACAUCUUUACAAACCAACUACAACAUCAACAGAACAAUUUGAAAUUCAAAAUCCAAGUAAUAAUGAUCAAUGUUUUGACGUGAUGUCAUUUAAUAAUAAAAAUGCACUUGAUUGUGAUGAAAACACAUAUAAUCAUUAUUCACCAAAAGACUUUGAUAAAGGACUUAGUAUGACAGAUGGUACAGCAUAUUUACUAUCAAAUAAGAGGUUAAUGAGAUUUUGUCCAAAUGGAAUUACAUUGAAUAAAAAUGUUAUUUGUACAAUGAUUGGUACUGAUUAUUCACCAUCAUAUUCAGGACGAGGUGAUUAUAUAUUUAAUUAUCCACAUUGUCCAUGUGAUGAUAAUAGAAAUGAAUGUACUCUUAAUAUUAAAACAAGUUUAACAACAGUAAACUUUAACAUGGUUAAUAUCAGCAAUACAAUUCUUCAUAUUGACCAUGACAUUACAUUAUAUAACUUUGUGUAUGCUAAACAAAUUAAUGUUGAUGAUAAUGUUAAAUUAUUAAUAAAUUCACUUUCAUCAAUCAACAAGUACAACCAAAUGAUAAAAUUUAAUAAUUUUGAAAUUACGAAUAUUAGAAAACCAAAUAAUAAACCACAAUUUAAAUACAAUUCAGAAACAAAUACAUUAGAAAUUGAUGGAAAUAACCACAUAAAACAUUUAUCAAAUCCAUCAAAACCCCCAUUCAAUUUAAUUAUAAAUGGUAAUCUCACUUGUAAUUCUUUUGUUAGUGAUUGUAUUUAUUAUUUCACUGCUUCUUCUAUAUCAACAACACUAACUAUUAAUGGUAAUGGUAAUAAUAAUAUUAUGACAAUUGAUGAAAAUAUAACACUAAUUAAUCCAUUUCCAAAUUUGGAUAUUCUCUUAAUUCAAACAAUGAAUGUCAAGAAAAUUCACAUUGUAUUAAAUUAA